AUGCAAAACCCCGACCCGGCAAUGCAAGCUCCAGCUCUGGGCACUAGGUUGGAAGGUCGUCUCAAGCGCCUUGCCCGAGCUACACGUAUUAACUGGCCUGUCACGGACCAGGACCUGGAGAGCUACGUCAAACAAAAAAGACGAGCCGAGCUUGCAAGAUGGUCCAGCCAGAGUUCUCAAGGCAAGUCGGUCACAGCAUUCACCGACAACACUACUGCCAAUGCCUGGCUCUCAAAUCCUACGAUCUUGAAGCCAGGCAGAAUGAUCACCGCCCUGAGAAUGAGGACUAAUUCAUGCUCUAACAGGGUGGCGAUGAAUAGGAUCGGACCAGUACCGGAUAUAGAUUGUAGGCAAUGUGGCACUCAGCUGGAGACUUUGGGCCACAUCCUCGGCAUGUGUAGAUACACGAAGCCGUCUAGAAUCCGAAGGCAUGAUGAGAUUUGCGACCUCAUCGUGCAAGAAGUGCAGAAGCAAGGUCGAGAGGAAGCGGUAACGGUGGAACCACCGACAAUGGUGGCCCCCCGUGGCGGGAAUCUCAAACCGGACCUGGUAAUUCAACGCCAGGGAAGGGUCCUCGUGGUCGACGUCACAGUCCGCCACGAGGAUGGGAAUAAUCUCGCAAUGGGACACAACGAUAAAAUGCGAAAAUAUGGCAAACUGCUACCUCAAUUCCGGCAAAGGUUUGGGUCGACCGAUGCCAAAGUCCUACCGAUUGUGGUAGGAACGAGAGGCGCGAUGCCCAGAAAGACAAUCCAAGGGUUGCAAAAGCUGGGCAUCACAACCAAAGGGGUAUAUAAGACCAUCAGUCUUAUUGUCCUACGUAGUUCCAUCGAAAUCUAUCAUGAUUUUAUGGAGUACAAUGCGCCUCUCCGCCGGGACGCUCGGCAGCCCCCGUGA